CUCACACAAACUCUGGGCUGGAAACGGGGUGGUUCUGCCCCUUAGUUCUCCUUCUGUGCUGCCUGUCUUUCCUUGUUUGCUGCCUCCAGGACCACUAUUGAGACUUCUGGGUGCAAACAGCAUAGCUCCCACAUACCUCCCCUUCGACCAUGGCUUCCUUGAAGGCCUGGCUAUUGGGCCUCCUUCUGGUCCUGCUCUGUUCCUUCCAGCUCCCCAAAGCACAGGGAGAGGAGCAGCACCACCACCAUCACCAUGGAGAUGUAGAGCACCAUGGCAACCACCACGAGGGCGGACACCAUCAUCAGCAUGAUGAUGAUGACGAUGACCAUCAUCACCAUGCAGCUCACCAUCAUGAAACAAAAUAUACCCAAGGAGGACAUCAUCCUCACCAUGAUGAAGAUGACGAUGACGACGAUGAUGAUAAGCAUCAUCAUCACCACAGCGAACACCAUGAUGAACACCAUCAUCAUCACCACCACAGUGACCACCAUGAUGAUGAUGAUGAUGACGACGAUGAUGACCAUGACAAGCAUCACCACCAUCCUGAGCAUCAUGGUGACUACCACCACCACCAUCAUGAUAAAGAUGAUGAUGAUGAUGAUGAUGAUGAUGAUGAAGAAGAACAUCACCACCACCAUGAACAUCAUGGAGAUCACCACCAUGAUGAUGAUGAUGACGACGAUGAUGAUGAACAUAAUCACCACCACCAUCAUGAACAUCAUGGCGACGAUCAUCACCACCACCAUCAUGAUAAAGAUGAUGAUGACGACGACGACGAUGAUGACGAUGACGACGAUGAACAUCACCAUCACCACCAUCAUGGCGACCAUCAUCACCACCAUCAUCAUGAUAAAGAUGAUGAUGAGGAGGAGGAGGAGGAGGAUCCCCAUCAGCAGCAUCACGAACAUCAUGGUGACCACCACCACCACUAUGAUGAUGACGACGAUGACGAUGAUGAAGAUGAACAUCAUCACCACCAUCACAAACACCAUGAUGACCACCAUCACCACCACCAUGAUGAUGAUGAUGAAGAUGAAGAUGACGAUGACAGUGAUGAAAAGAAGCAUCACCAUCAUGGACAUCACAGUCACCAGCAUCACCAAAAAGAUGAUGAUGAUGAUGAUGAUGAUGAUGACGACAGUGGUGAAGAUGAUGAUGACGAUGAGGAUGAGGAGGAAAAGUCUCAUGGGCACCAUCACCAUGGUAGCCAUCAUCAUCAUCAUGAGAAAAAAGAGCACCAUCGUCAUCACCACCAUCAUGGUGAUGAAGACCAGUCUGAUGAAAUUGCAUCUAAGGAAGAGGAUGAAGAUGAGGAGGAAGCACACAAGCAAAAGCACCAUAAACAUGAAGGUCACAAAAAGACAAAAAGACACCAUGAAGGGGAAGAAGAAGAGGAUGACGAUGCAUCUGAAGAGGAUGAAGAUGAGGAGUAUGAAGCGGGCUCUCUUUGCCACUACUGUGCCUUCUGCAAGCAUUGCGAUGAAUGUGAUAAGUGUCCCUGCAAAGAAGGCGACAGCAGCGAACACUGCACGAGCUGUCAGUACUGCCAUUACUGCUACGUUUGCCCUGUGUGUGAGACAGCCUGUGCACCAGGGAGCAUUGUAGACGAGUUAUCGGGAGCCUUAUUCCAGACAUUUGCCACCAUCUUUGAGCAACAGGAGCACUGAAGAGUCCCUGGUGGAGAAGCCAAAACGAGGAAGGGGUGGGGAGCAUGUGACCCUUGACCUUUAGGGCCAAACAAUAUGUGACAGGCAAUUCCACUGUUCUUCCUCUGAGUGGUUUCCCCCUCCCCUUCCUUGUCUACUCAAAAUCCACCUUUUCUCCUUGUGAGAGAAAAGACAUGGGAUCCCCAUAGGUUUUCACCCACCCCUAGGAAAGCAGCUUUGGGAGGGGGAAAUCUGAUUUUGAGCCGACGAAUAGCAGGAAGAGGAAGGAAUAAGCAGCUCCAUACCCAUCCACCCUGCCCUUCACUCCUGAUUUCAGCUUCUUGCAGGGGAAGAAUUGCAGAACUGCCUGUCAUGUAUAGUUCAACCCUUACAGUUAACAAGGAAGCCAUCCUGAGCAAGCUGAGGCCUGUUGAACUAGGGAGGGAGACACACAUUUGCUGAGCUAAUCCACAUCGAGGCAAGGAAUAAUUAAUGCCUCUGUGUUGCCUGUAGUCUUUGAAUUGUUAGAGCAAAGAUUUCCAGCGUUGGGUCCCCAUAUGUUGCUGGACUACAACUCCCAUCAUCCAGGGCAUUGUGGCUGGGGAUGAUGGGAGUUGUAGUCCAACAUAUGGGGACCUUAGGCUAGAGUUUGGUUCCCCCUAGUGGCUGAACUCCUGGGCAACAUGUCUACCACCCACACUUAGCUGAAAUGUCUAUGGGACAAUUCACAUAUGUAUCCACAUAAUUUGAUUUUUUCUCUCAAGAUGACUUUUUGCUGAAUCUGUGAAUGGAGUUCAUUGAAAAACUGAUGAGGAGAUAUGAAAGCAUGGUGUAUGAUCAGUGACAGAUCUUUCAUAUAUGCGAGGCUUCGCUUGAUAGCUGCAGUCAUCAAGGGAUAAACAUGCCUAUGUGAAUCAGAUUUUAAUCUGCGUAACAAGCAUCACUGCAUUAACUCAAACAUGACUGCAACGGCUUUCUCAAAGGAAUUCUGGGCAUUGUAGGGUUCUGUGAAGAUGCCAAGAGGCUGUCAAAGAUGACAGAGCAAUUGCCAUCCUCCCUUUCUGAUAAGCCAUCACAGUUAACCAAUCUGUAUAGUAGCAAUAACCUUGGGCUACAAACCUAAGUUUAGUUGGCACGUAGGGCAGGCUUCUUCUGAAAAUUGCUCUUAGUAUUCACCUGCGGACAUGGUUUUCACAAACAUCCAAAGCAAAAGUAGGAAACAAUUGGCCAGGUGUGUCUGUGCGCAGUGAUGAAGUUUGUGGCUUCAAGUUCAAGGGGAGGGAAGCCCUGUGUGAGCUUUAAGAGGCUGAAGGCUCAAACGCAUCCCUCUGCAGUUUCUCCUUGCCACAGAUGUAAGGACUCCCCUCUUCUGGCUCAAAUGAAAAUCCCAUCUCCCCACCUCUGAAACAGAUGCUCCUCCCCCUCUGCCUUUUUUAUUCUUAAUUUAUAGCCAUGGCUCUGUCUUGUUUUCAUGAGGAAUAAAUUUCUUUUUGCUUCUGA